GUAGAACCCGGCAAAAGUCCGCUGGCCAUGCUGGCCAAGACUUGUGAGACGAUCGGCCUGCCUGACACGCCGUCGAAGAAAAGUCCCUCGGAGAAGAAGGACGAUGUGAAGAAGGCCGAUAGCCCGUCUGACCGGAAGAAGGAGAGGUCACCACGGGCGACGCCUACGGCUACACGUGUCGAUCCUGUCACGUCAACGACUUUUCCAGGACUUCCAAAACCGACGUUCCCACUUGGAUUCUCUCCCGGCCUCGCAUUCCCUUUUCCGUACCCUAUGAUGCCAUACACUAUGUCGUUUCCGUCGUUCCCGAUGCCCUUCUCAGUGGCUCGUCCGCCUUGCCCAUCAAUGCUCAUGCAAAGACCGUGCGUCACUCCCGGUUGCACCUCAUGCUCGUCGGAUAUGCUUUCGUCGUUCGCUGCGCAUCCACUCUUUUCUACCUACUCCUCAAUGAUGCCCUCUCCUUCCAGUACCUCGAUGCUGCCGGCUUCCUACCAGAGUCUGUUGGCCACGUCUGCUGGUCCUUCAGCAUCGACGAUCCCUUCAACAUCUGCAGCUUCCGCGGCAACAGCUUCAAAGUCAUCAACUCAUGGCAAGCACAUGUGCUCGUGGGUCGAGACGACCGGCAUAUGUGGAAAGCAGUUCGCUACCGCUGACGAGCUCGCCAUGCACGUCAAGCAGCUGCACACACCAUCCCCACCGUCCAGUGCCCCUUCUGCUGCUCCCGAGGUCUCAAAAACGCCUUUGAGCCGAAAUAGUCUACCUCGUUUUCAUCCGUACUCCAAGCCCACCACGCUUCCCAUGCCUCCGAUGAUGCCUUUUCCUUCAGCUUUGCAGGCAAUGUACGCUCAGCGCAUCAUGUCCACCAUGCCUCAUCCCUAG